AUGUCGUCGUCCUCAACCGCGAGCGGCCGUGGUCUCGGGAAGCAGCAUCGUCUCGGAUCAGUCUCUCAAAUUCCUACAUUUGUCUACGCGUUCAUGCUGUCGACCUCCCAGGACAAGGAGAUGACCCCAUCCCCAAUGCGGAUAACCGACGGCGGCGACGCCGUCAGGAUCAUGUUCCCACAGUCCAACGCCCGGAUCUUCUCGUCAUCUCGUGGUACGUGA